CGGGACGACCGCUUGCGGCCGCGGUCAAGAUGGCGGCCACCGGCUUCACGCCCUAGUCUCUGCGGGCGGGUGUAAUGGGAAUGGGAAUGGGCUGCCGGGUCCACGUCCGUGUCCGGCCCGCGGCCUCACUCGCCGCUGCGCUGAUCCUCGCAGUGGUGACUGCACAUGCUGACAUCCACAGAGAUGCUGAUGCCUCAAAACAAUUGCCUGCUGAAAGGAAUGAAAUAAUUUCCAAUGCAAUCAGUGAUGCUGAACUUGAAGAAACAGAUGAACAGAGUAAAGGGAAAAUCCAGUUUCCAACGGCAGAAAUAGCUGAUGCUGUUCUGGGAAGUGCAAUUACCUCAAAUCAAAAAACGUUACUGUCUCUUAUUCAGAAUAUUAAAAGUGAACACUCCACGUUUGAAGUCAAAGAUAGUCCCUGUACCGAUGCAAGUGGAGAGAACGGAGAAUGCAGUGUCCCAAAGGAAGUAGUGCCUUCCCUCGCACAUGCUCCAUCCAGUAGUCCGGAGGGAGAGCUACCUGAAAAGAAAGCCACAAAUGCUGUGGAACCAGCGCAGACUGUGAGCGCAGCCGUGGAAGAAUCGAAUGCUACUGGAACGGCCAAAUCACCAAAAGUAAACUGUGAAGAAAGAAAUAUCACUGGAUUAGAUCACUUUAUCGUACAAAUCCUUAACAGCUCGCAAGACCUCAUGGAAUAUCUGAGUGCCAACGGCAGUGACUGCUCUGUGGUCCUAUUCUACACACCAUGGUGUCGAUUCUCUGCAGACCUUGGUCCACAUUUCAAUGCAUUACCGCGUGCUUUUCCCUCCCUACAGUUUCUGGCACUGGAUGCAUCUCAGCACAGCAGUCUUUCUACCAGGUUUGGUACAGUUGCGGUUCCUAACAUCCUCCUGUUUCAAGGUGUCAAGCCAAUGGCAAGGUUUAACCAUACGGACAGAACACUAUCAACCUUGAGAGCAUUUAUCUUUAAUCAAACGGGUAUUGAAGCAAAUGGCACAGUUGAAGUGAUGGAACAGGAUCUAAGUGGACCUCUUCCCAGCGUGGUGGUGAGAGGCAUCGACUGGCUGCUUGCCUUCUCUGUGAUGUUCCUCUGUGUGUUUCUAAUUUAUGGUACAAUUCAAUCAGACAGUAUCAAAUGGUUGAUCCCAGGACAAGAGCACGAGCACCAGGAUUGAACUCUUGCAGGGAAGUAGUCACAACUUGGAGCAAAGAACAGCUACACUGGCGAUCUACAGUAUUUAUGAAAAUAUUCAUAAAUGGGUUGGCCUUUUAUCAUGAUGUUGCUGUUUAUGUGGGGAUUUAUGUAAAUAUGUGUAAUUAUGAAUAAAUGUCAUCUCUACCAAAUA